UGGACAGCUCCUGCCUCCCGCAGGGCCCACCUGUGUCCCCCAGCGCUGCUCCACUCAGCAGGCCUGAGCCCCUCUCUGCUGCCAGACACCCCCUGCUGCCCAGUCUCCUGCUGCUCGGGUUCUGAGGCACAGCUUAUCACACCCAGGCGGAUUCUCUUUCUCUUUCUCUUUCUCUUCUGGCCCACAGCCGCAGCAAUGGCGCUGAGUUCCUCUGCUGGAGUUCGUCCUGCUAGCUGGGUUCCCGAGCUGCCGGUCUGAGCCUGAGGCAUGGAGCCUCCUGGAGACUGGGGGCCUCCUCCCUGGAGAUCCACCCCCAAAACCGACGUCUUGAGGCUGGUGCUGUAUCUCACCUUCCUGGGAGCCCCCUGCUACGCCCCAGCUCUGCCAUCCUGCAAGGAGGACGAGUACCCGGUGGGCUCUGAGUGCUGCCCCAAGUGCAGUCCAGGUUAUCGUGUGAAGGAGGCCUGCGGGGAGCUGACGGGCACAGUGUGUGAACCCUGCCCUCCGGGGACCUACAUUGCCCACCUCAAUGGCCUGAGCAAGUGUCUGCAGUGCCAAAUGUGUGACCCAGCCAUGGGCCUGCGCGCGAGCCGGAACUGCUCCAGGACAGAGAACGCCGUGUGUGGCUGCAGCCCAGGCCACUUCUGCAUCGUCCAGGACGGGGACCACUGCGCCGCGUGCCGCGCUUACGCCACCUCCAGCCCGGGCCAGAGGGUGCAGAAGGGAGGCACCGAGAGUCAGGACACCCUGUGUCAGAACUGCCCCCCGGGGACCUUCUCUCCCAAUGGGACCCUGGAGGAAUGUCAGCACCAGACCAAGUGCAGCUGGCUGGUGACGAAAGCCGGACCUGGGACCAGCAGCUCCCACUGGGUAUGGUGGUUUCUCUCAGGGAGCCUCGUCAUCGUCAUUGUUUGCUCCACACUUGGCCUAAUCAUAUGUGUGAAAAGAAGAAAGCCAAGGGGUGAUGUAGUCAAGGUGAUCGUCUCCGUCCAGCGGAAAAGACAGGAGGCAGAAGGUGAGGCCACAGUCAUCGAGGCCCUGCAGGCCCCUCCGGACGUCACCACGGUGGCCGUGGAGGAGACAAUACCCGCAUUCACGGGGAGGAGCCCAAACCACUGACCCACAGACUCUGCACCCCGACGCCAGAGAUAGCUGGAGCGACGACUGCUGAAAGAGGCUGUCCACCUGGCGGAACCAGCGGAGCCCGGAGGCUUGGGGGCUCCGCCCUGGGCUGGCUUCCGUCUCCUCCAGUGGGGGGAGAGGUGGGGCCCCUGCUGGGGUAGAGCUGGGGACGCCACGUGCCAUUCCCAUGGGCCAGUGAGGGCCUGGGGCCUCUGUUCUGCUGUGGCCUGAGCUCCCCAGAGUCCUGAGGAAGAGCGCCAGUUGCCCCUCGCUCACAGACCACACGCCCAGCCCUCCUGGGCCAGCCCAGAGGGCCCUUCAGACCCCAGCUGUCUGCGCGUCUGACUAUUGUGGCCUCAGCAGGACAGGCCCCGGGCACUGCCUCACGGCCAAGGCUGGACUGGGUUGGCCGCAGUGUGGUGUUAAGUGGAUACCACAUCGGAAGUGAUUUUCUAAAUUGGAUUUGAAUUCGGCUCCUGUUUUCUAUUUGUCAUGAAACAGUGUAUUUGGGGAGAUGCUGUGGGAGGAUGUAAAUAUCUUGUUUCUCCUCAAA